AUGUCCACGAGCGCACUAAACGUCGUCCUCGGGUGCGGGACGUUCGGAGAACCCGGGACUGAUGGAGCGCAUGUAGACGAGGUGUUAGCUGUGUUCCAAGCUCGCGGGCACACCGAGCUGGACACUUCUCGAAUCUAUUCGGCCGGAACAGGUGAAGAGUAUCUCGGCAAACUGGAUGUCGCAAAUCGUGGCUUUGAAAUCGGUACAAAGAUAUUUCCUACAUUAUCCAACGCGCAAACCAACGCCGCCUCAGCGAGCGGUUUGAUAUCUCAUUCACCUGAAGAUUUACGAAAAUGCUUGGAGGAAUCUUUGAGGGCGUUGAAGACCGAUUCGGUUGAUAUAUGGUACCUCCAUGCACCCGACCGGAGUGUUCCCUACGAGACCACCCUGAAGGCCGUUGACGAUCUUCAUAAGGAAGGUCUUUUCAGGCGACUUGGUCUCAGCAACUAUCCCUCAUGGGAAGUUGCGGAGAUCGUCGGGAUUUGCAAAACAAACGGAUACAUACAGCCGACAGUAUAUCAAGGAGUUUACAACGCGAUCCAUUGUGCUGUUGAACCCGAGCUGUUCCCGUGCCUUCGCAAGUUCGGAAUCAGUUUCUAUGCCUUCAACCCUCUCGGCGGCGGGUUCUUUACCGGAAAAUACACUUCGGCCACGGAGCAAGUCGCAGCGGGGUCGAGGUUCGAUCCAGAGAGUCAGCAGGGCAGGGCGUAUCGCAACCGGUAUUGGAACGAGUAUUAUUUCCACGUCGUGGAUAAGGUCAAAACAUCGGCCGAAAAAUAUGACAUGACCAUGGCUGAAAUCGCGUUCCGUUGGAUCUCGCAUCAUAGCUUAAUGAAGCGUCAGCAUGGAGACUCGGUGAUCACCGCGGCCUCGAGCGCCGCGCAGAUCGCACAGAACCUCUCAAAUCUCGAGAAAGGUCCGCUGCCGGAUGAAAUUCUGAAGACGUUAGAUCAGGCCUGGCUAGAGGUCAAAGCCCGCGCAUCGGGUUACUAUCGCUGA